AUGCCUCCCAUUCGCGAUAAGUUCACAAUCCAUUCCAAGGCCGUCGUCUGCCAGGACGUCGAGCUCAAGGGCGACAUCACUGUCGGUGCAGGCACCAUAGUCCACCCAAAGGCCACCAUAUUCGCUAUAGCCGGUCCUAUCGUUAUUGGUUCUGGAUGCAUCAUCGAGGAAGGCGCCAUUAUUGUCAAUCGACGAAAAGAAGUCAUGCGCAUUGGGGACGACAAUCUCUUUGAGAUCGGCUGUCGUGUCGAGUCUCCCACCAUUGGCAAUUUCAAUACCAUAUCUGCCCGAGCGCGUGUGCACCACACUGUGCGCAUUUCUUCCUACUGCGUCAUUGGAGCCGCCUGUCUGGUCGUCCCAACAGAGGACGAAAUAUUGGACGAGUACACCGUGAUAUACGGACCCGCAGCCGAACGCAGGACAUGGAGUGGCAGAGGCAAGGUGCAAGAGGCGGACUUGCGUCGAAAACACGCUGAUUAUUUAAAAGAGAUGCUACCCAAGUUCAAUCGCUUGAGGAGGGGUGAUGGCACGUAG